AUGAAAAUUCCCGUUCCUCCCGGAGACCCGGUGUACGACAUCAAUGGCAUGGGAACCGACAUUCCCUUUACUCGCGCUAAAUACGACAAGGAAUCCGGGCAAGGGUUCAAUUCUCCAAGGGAGCAGGUAAACGAGCGAACAGCAUGGAUUGACGGCUCUUUCGUAUACAGCGUCAUGGAAGCUUGGGUGGCAACAAUGAGAUCAUUCCAGAAUGGUACUCUCAGAGAAGGCAGUCAGAAAAGAUAUCCACCUCUGAACAACCCACACAUUCCACUCAACAAUCCUCCACCUCCUCAGAUUCACCGCCUUAUGAAUCCCGACCGACUGUUU